AUGCUUAGAGGAAAAGCUGAUUCCAUUUAGAGGCCGUCAAGUGAGUCUAGUCCUUUAAUUCCCACAAAAAGAAUAACAUGCGCCUCCACAAAGUCUAUCAUCGUUUCUCCCUCCUCUCCUCCCUCUCUCACCAUCCCUCCCUCCUCCAUCAUUUGAUUCCCAAACAUCUCUGCUCCAUUUCUUUACCUCGCCGCUCCUUUCCAUCUCCUCUCUCCUUUUCUACUCGGCUCAAUCCAAGUCUUGCUUGCAGCUCUGACGCUGGUUUCAUGACUGCUUCCAUGUCUCGCAAUUCCCUUCCCCCCGGUGCUUUCGCUGCCUCCGAGGACGCUGGCGGUAACAACGCCUCCAGUGCUUCACUUUAUUCACCAAAUGAAUACCUAGAUGAUGAGUCGACUUUAUGCAAAGCAUACCAGCUUCCUCCACCAGUCAUAAAAGAUAUAGUUGAUGCGCCUCCACUUCCAGCUCUGUCAUUUUCCCCUCAAAGAGAUAAAAUACUGUUUUUGAAGAGGAGAUCCUUGCCUCCAUUGUUGGAGCUAGCGAGACCCGAGGAGAAACUUGCAGGUGUUCGGAUUGACGGAAGUUGUAAUUCGAGGAGUCGCAUGUCAUUCUACACGGGGAUUGGGAUACACCAAUUACUGCCUGAUGGUAUUUUAGGUCCAGAGAUACUGGUGAAUGGCCUUCCUGAUGGUGCUAAAAUCAACUUUAUUACAUGGUCGAAUGAUGGGAAGCAUCUGUCCUUCAGCAUCCGAGUUGAUGAGGAGGAUAAUAGCUGUAGUAAGAUGAGAGUCUGGGUAGCUGAUGUAGAAACAGGGAAAGCUAGACCUUUAUUCAACUCUCAAGACAUCUAUCUGAAUGCAGUCUUUGACAAUUUUGUUUGGGUGAAUAACUCCAGUUUAUUGGUGUCUACUAUCCCCUUGUCUCGUGGGGACCCUCCUAAGAAACCUUCAGUUCCUCCGGGUCCCAAAGUUCAAUCUAAUGAGCAGAAAGUUGUUGUUCAAGUUAGAACCUUCCAGGAUCUGCUCAAAGAUGAAUAUGAUGAAGAUUUAUUUGAGUACUAUGCCACUGCCCAACUGCUUUUAGUUGAUCUUGAUGGAACAGUUAAGCCAUUUGGACCCCCAGCUAUCUAUACGUCAAUGGACAUUUCCCCAGAUGAGAAGUACUUAUUACUUUCUUCCAUUCAUCGGCCAUACUCAUUUAUCGUUCCAUGUGGAAGAUUUCCUACGAAGGUGGAUUUGUGGACAACAGAUGGGAAAUUUGUUAGACAGCUGUGUGAUUUGCCUCUUGCUGAAAAUAUUCCUAUUGCAUUCAACAGCGUCAGAAAAGGAAUGAGAUCCAUCAAUUGGAGAGCUGACAAGCCAUCCAUGCUCUACUGGGUGGAAACACAAGAUGGUGGUGAUGCAAAAGUUGAAGUUUCUCCACGUGAUAUAGUUUAUAUGGAACCUGCUGAACCUGUUGAAGGAGAACAACCACGGAUCUUGCAAAAACUUGAUCUUCGCUAUGGAGGUAUCUCCUGGUGUGAAGAUAGCCUAGCUCUGGUUUAUGAAUCUUGGUACAAAACGAGACGAGUAAAGACUUGGGUAAUUUCUCCUGGGUCAGAAAAUGUUAGUCCCCGCAUACUAUUUGAUAGAUCAUCUGAGGAUGUGUACUCUGAUCCUGGUUCUCCUAUGCUGCGUAGAACUCCUGCUGGCACUUACGUAAUUGCAAAGGUGAAGAAGCAAAACUAUGAAGGGACUUAUGUCCUACUUAAUGGCUCUGGUGCUACACCAAAUGGGAAUAUUCCAUUUCUUGAUUUGUUUGACAUUAAUACAGGCAAAAAAGAACGAAUAUGGGAGAGCGAUAAAGAAAAAUACUAUGAGAUGGUUGUUGCUUUAAUGUCUGAUGAGACUGAUGGGGACUUAGAACUUGAACGUUUAAAAAUAUUGACAUCCAAAGAAUCUAAAACUGAAAACACCCAGUACUACAUACAAAGCUGGCCUGAAAAGAAUGCAUGUCAGAUUACCAAUUUUCCUCAUCCAUAUCCACAGUUGGCAUCAUUACAGAAGGAAAUGAUUAGGUAUUUAAGGAAAGAUGGAGUUCAACUUACUGCGACUCUGUACCUUCCACCAGGCUAUGAUCCAGCAAAGGAUGGACCUCUACCUUGCCUUGUUUGGUCAUAUCCUGGGGAAUUUAAAAGCAAAGAGGCAGCAGGACAAGUUCGUGGUUCUCCUAAUGAGUUUGCUGGAAUUGGACCCACCUCACCUCUUCUCUGGUUAGCAAGAAGAAUUGCAAUCUUAUCAGGACCAACAAUUCCUAUAAUUGGGGAAGGUAAUGAAGAGGCAAAUGACAGGUAUGUUGAACAACUAGUUGCAAGUGCAGAGGCUGCAGUAGAGGAAGUCAUCCGACGUGGAGUGGCUCACCCCAAGAAAAUUGCUGUUGGAGGUCAUUCUUAUGGAGCUUUUAUGACUGCAAACCUUCUGGCCCAUGCUCCACAUCUUUUUUGUUGUGGGAUUGCUCGCUCUGGAGCUUAUAAUAGAACACUGACACCAUUUGGAUUUCAGAAUGAGGAUAGAACAUUAUGGGAAGCCACAUCUACUUAUGUUGAGAUGAGCCCUUUCAUGUCUGCUAAUAAGAUAAAGAAGCCCAUACUGCUUAUUCAUGGAGAAGAAGACAAUAAUUCAGGAACAUUAACCAUGCAGUCAGAUCGUUUCUUUAAUGCCCUAAAAGGUCACGGCGCUCUUUCUCGCCUUGUGAUUCUUCCUUUUGAGAGCCAUGGUUAUGCGUCAAGAGAGAGCAUAAUGCAUGUUCUCUGGGAGACUGAUAGGUGGCUGCACAAAUACUGCGUCAACAACAUUUCGGAUGAUACAUGUGAAGAAAAUCCAAGCAAAGAAACUACGAGUUCAGAAAGUAAUAGCAAAGUAGUAGGUGCAACUGGAGGCGUAGGAUCCUUAGAGAUGUCUGUAUUUGAUCAUCAAAUAUUUCAUCCAAAUUGCCGUUCAUCAUUAUGAAAGAUAUGACUGGCAAACCUUGAUAAUAAGGUGGAGAAUGAGGUGAUCAAAAGCUGGAAGAAUGAAACCACCAUGUUUGUAACAUUUAUUAGCAACAUCAGUAAUAGACAGUGAUGAAUGUGCUGCAAUUGGUAUUCCUUACUAUAUUGGAAUGAAUAAAUAUAGAUGAUGUUUGUAUU